CCGCCGGCCCCGCGCCGCCGGCCGGCUCUCAGCAGCCCGCGGAGCCGCAUAGCUGCGCUGCCCCGUUGGGCUCGCCCGGCCUGCCCUGAGCCUCGCCGCCGCUGAGGUUUCUGAGCCCAGGGGCUGGGAGCUCUCUCCACUGGCGCUGUGGGAAGCUUCAGCCAAUCCAAUGCACCCUGACAACAAACUGCCCAGCCAUGGCAAGGCAGGCAGCAGCAGUGCCCCAGCCCAGCACCACAACGUGAGCCAAGCACCUACCUGCAAUCUGGGCUCGAAGGGUGUGGGGACAGGAAGCCAUGGCAGCAAGGCCACUCAGAUCUCCCCUGGAAACUCUGGACUGAAAAACAGCCAGAACACUGUCCCAAACUUCAGCUCCUUGAAGGGCAAGGUGAAACGGGAACGAAGCAUCUCGGUGGACUCUGGAGAACAGCGAGAAGCCAGCACCCCUUCACAGGACACAGAAUCAAAAGGUGAGGUGGCUCCCCGUAGCAAGCGACGUUGCGUGCUGGAAAGGAAGCAGCCAUACAGCGGGGACGAAUGGUGCUCUGGGCCGGACAGUGAGGAAGACGACAAGCCCAUCAGCAGUGCACACAAUUGUAAUGUAGCAGAUCCUGCGAUGUCCACAGCCUCGCAGCUUGGCCCAGGGUCCAACCCGCUGCCCAGCCUGAAUGAGACCACCUCUUCCAGCGUGCCUCAUGGUGCUGCUCCCAGCUUGCGGUCAGAUGCUGCGGCAGGUGCAGGCAAUGGGACAGGAAAGCAGCCCUCACAGUUCGUUUAUGUCUUCACAACUCACCUUGCUAACAUAGCUGCAGAAGCUGUCCUGCAGGGCCGAGCUGACUCGAUUCUGGCCUACCAUCAGCAGAAUGUCCCACGGGCAAAGCUAGACCAGGCACCAGCUCCUAAAGUGCUGGGGGUUGCUGAGCCGCUUCCAAUUAACCCUCCCACUGCCAACACUCCACAGUCCCAGCCGCCGGCACCUCAAGUGAGUCAGCCACAGCCACAGCCUCCCCCGUCGCAGCCUCCACCUCAGACCAUCAGUCAAACCUCUUUGCCUGCACCCAGUAGCCUCCCCCAGGAAGGAACAAGUGAAGAUGUCCGGAGAGACCUGACUCCCAACUCUCUGGGGAACAACAGCAGCAGCAGCAACCAGCCUGGAAGUAACCAUCCCAAUACACCCAAUGCGCCUGCCAGCACCAUGCAGCCUGGGCAAGUGGAUUCCUCCAGCACUUCUGGCUCCAGCCUCCUUGGGGAGGGCACAGGUCCAGGGAUGCCAGGAAAUGGGCAGGCUGGCCUGGGCCCCAGGAACCCCAUGAACUCGGAAGGGCUCUCCAAAGAGCAGUUGGAGCACCGGGAGCGUUCUCUGCAGACCUUGCGGGACAUUGAGCGCCUGCUGCUGCGCAGUGGGGAGGCUGAGCCCUUCAUGAAGUCCAGCCAAAAUGCAGGAGAGGGUGGGACUGCCCCUCAGCCACAGGCUGCCCCUGCCCAGCCCCCUGCACCCCAUGCCAGCAUGAAGAAAUACGAAGAGCCUCUCCAGUCCAUGAUCUCUCAGACCCAGAGCCUUGGUGGGCCCAGCCUGGAACACGAGGUGCCCCACCACCCAGGCACUGACAUGGGCCAGCAGAUGAACAUGAUGAUGCAACGGCUGAACCAGGACAGCCUGACACCAGAGCAAGUAGCCUGGAGGAAGUUACAGGAAGAGUACUAUGAGGAAAAACGACGGAAAGAGGAGCAGAUCAGUAUCCACGGCCGGCCCAUGCAGGAGAUCAUGAUCCCACAGUCGAUGGGGAGCAUGAUGAUGCGUGGGCCCCCGCCACCCUACCACAGCAAGCCUGGAGAGCAGUGGCCGCCAGGGAUGGGAAACCAGCUGCGGGGACCCAUAGAUGUGCAGGACCCUAUGCAGCUGCGGGGAGGGCCACCCUUCCCAGGGCCACGGUUCCCUGGAAAUCAGAUGCAGAGGGUCUCUGGCUUUGGAGGGAUGCAGAACAUGCCCCUGGAUACUCUUGGGCCCAUGAAUGCCAUGCAGAGGCCAGUCAGGCCCAGCAUGGGAUGGAGCGAUGAUAUGCCUCCUAUGGGAGGCCCUGGGAACUUUCCACAAGGAACCUUGCCCUAUCCUUCAGGGCAGGGAGACUCUGAAAGGUUCAUGAAUCCUCGUGCCAGGGAGGAGAUCCUGCGGCAUCAGCUGAUGGAGAAACGCUCAGUGGCAAUGCAGAGGCCCAUGGGGAUGUCCAGCAACUCCAUGAGCCAGGGCAUGGAAAUGGAGAGGAUGAUACAGGCUCACAGGCAGAUGGAUCCAUCUAUGUUUGCUGGGCAGAUAACGGGGGACAGCCUGAGCAGUGCCCCAAUGGGAAUGGAUUUUGCAGGCACGCGGGGGAUGCUGAGUCCCCCUAUGAAUCAGUCAGGCCUUCGGGACAUGGAUACACCCUUGGGCCCUGGCAACCUCAACAUGAACAUGAAUGUCAACAUGAACAUGAAUAUGAACCUCAAUGUCCAGAUGACCCCACAGCAGCAGAUGAUGAUGUCACAGAAGAUGAGAGGCCCUGAUAUGAUGGCCCACCAGGGCAUGAGCCCUGAGGAAGUGGCCAGGGCACGGGCCCAGAAUGGCAACGGCAGUGCAAUGCUGGGAGGGCCUCAAAAAAUGAUGAUUCCCUCUCAGUUUCCCAACCAAGGACAGCAAGGCUUUUCGGGCACACAAGGGCCUUACCCCAACAUGCCCCAGGAGAUGAGCAGCAGCUCAGACAUGUUCAGCCCUGAACAGGGCACCAUGCCCGUUGGGAGCAUCAGUGGAACCACCAGGCUCAGCCACAUCCCUCUGCCACCUGCUUCCAAUCCCACUCCCACGCAAGGGGGCAACCUGGCCAACAUGCCCCCAGCCCCUUCCCGGGGUCUGGGCCGCCGGCCCUCUGACCUCACCAUCAACAUCAACCAGAUGAAUUCCCCCAGCAUGGGUCACCUCAAGUCUCCUACCCUCAGCCAGGUGCACUCACCACUGGUCACCUCCCCCUCUGCCAACCUCAAGUCCCCACAGACGCCCUCACAGAUGGUCAGCAUGCCACCUUCAAAUCAGUCUGCACCCCUCAAGUCUCCCCAGGUGAUGAGCUCCUCGCUAAACGUCCGGUCUCCAACUGGCUCACCAAGCCACCUGAAGUCCCCUUCUAUGGCUGUUCCUUCCCCUGGUUGGGUGCCAUCUCCCAAAGCUGCCAUGCCCAGCCCAGGAGUUGGCCAGAGUAAGCAGACUCUCAGCAUGAACUCAUCUACUUCCAUGGGAGGACUGGAUCAGGGUAUGCUGGGUAUCUUGUGUGCAAAAGUCCAAAUGGGGUCUUUUCAGGUAGAUGGGAGAGUGAGCAGAGCAGCUUUUCCUUCAGCCCAGCUCAUGUCUGUGACAGAGGCAGCAAAGGGUUCUCUUCCUUCUGGGCCCCGGAGCAGCUCUUCUGCACCAGCCAGUAACACUUCUAGCACCAUGAAUCCCAACAUGCCUUUUACUUCCUCUCCAGAUCCAUCCCCCUCCCAGAACCCCCUCUCACUGAUGAUGUCCCAGAUGUCCAAGUAUGCCAUGCCCAGCUCCACACCACUUUACCACAAUGCCAUCAAAACCAUUGCCACUUCUGAUGAUGAGCUGCUGCCGGACAGGCCUAUGCUCCCACCUGGAAGCAUGUCAGGUGUGACGGGGAAUCAGCCAAAUCAACUGCAUUUGAAUUCCGUGGGGCCUGGAUCCUCUCAGAGCCCCAUGGGAAUGAACCUGCCCGGUCAGCAGCCCCUCUCCCAUGAACCGCCCCCCACCUCCAUGAUGUCCUCCCCGAACCCUCUGGGCUCCAACAUUCCUAUGCACCCCAGUGCGCCGGGGGCAGGCGUGCCUCCCCAGAACCCCAUGAUACUUCCCCCGGGGCCCCAGGACUCAUUGAACCAGCAGUGUGGCCCUGUGCCCAACAGUUCACAGAUGAUUCCUUCCAACCAGCUUGUGUUCCCUCGCAUGCAGCAGCCCCACAACGCCAUGCCGUCUCCUGCUGGCGGAGGCAUGCCCAUGGCCCCCAGCGGGGGCAGUGGCCCUGGGAUGCAGCAGCAUUACCCACCAGGGGUGCCCUUGCCACAUGAAGACCUUCCUCCCCAGCAGCCCAGCCAGAUGCCCCCUCAGCAGCAUAUGAUGGGCAAGAACAUCCCUCCCCGCAUCAGUGAGCCCUAUCCACCCGUGCUCCCUGGGGUGGCAUCUGUGCUGAAUGACCCAGAGCUCAGUGAGGUCAUCCGCCCCACACCCACAGGUAUCCCAGAAUUUGACCUGUCCAGGAUCAUCCCAUCAGAGAAGCCAAGCAGCACCUUGCAGUAUUUCCCCAAGAGCGACAGCCAAGCGCCCAAAUCACAGCCUUCCAACCUCCACCUCAUGAACCUACAGAACAUGAUGGCUGACCAGCCCCCAGUGCGGCCAGGUAUGAAUGCCCCCAACCUCCCUGGGCAACAGGGCAUGCAGCGGGGACUCAGCAUGUCCAUGUGCCACCCUGGACAAGUGCCCAUGCUGAGCAGGACAGGCAUACCACCACAGCAAGGCAUGAUGGGCAACAGCAUGCACCAGGGCAUGAUGUCUCCGCAGCAGAGCCUGAUGGCCCAGCAGAAUUUCAUGCUGAUGCAGGCCAAGCAGAGGAGCAUGUCUGUAUCAGGGGAGAUGUAUGCUCAGACAGGACACAUGAUGUCACCUCAGGGCUCUCUCAUGGGGCCCCCACCUCAGCAGAACCUCAUGGUCACACACCAGAUGAGGCAGAGGAGCGUCUCCUUGGACAGCCAGAUGAGUUACAUCCCUGGGCCUGGAAACAUGGCAAACCUGCCCUUCUAACUCCAGCAGGCGCUUGAGGUGGGAGGGGAUGGGGCCACCUGUACAAACCUUUUUAAACCUUUCUUUGGGGGAGGGUUAGGGGCCAACACCAGUGGAGGACACCACGUGGGAUAAUUUUCAUAUCGGAUUCGCCUCUAUACAGAAAACCAGAUGUGCAGUAAACUUGAUGUGAAUUUGGUUUCUUUUUCCUUUCUUUCUUGGGGAAGGGGAGGGCUGAGGGGCUGGGACUAGGGCCAGGACUGGGGCUGUUACUUUGAACCCUUUUUGGUCACCAAGGACAUCCAGACCUUGUGGCAGUUUGUAAAGUCUUCAUGUAUGGUUUUCCUCUGUCAAGUAUUUUUCUUGCCCUCCCCCCCCUCGUCUCUCCUUUCUUUCCUUUUUUUUUUUGUUUUUUCCUUUCUUUUUAAGCUACCAAAAUGCGCAAGAGGUUUUUUGGAACUAGCUGUAAAUAGGUCGCUGGGAAAGACAAAACUUGUGCUGGUUUUUAAUUGCUCUGUAUUUCUGUGUUUUAAUGGAAGCCUCGAAACAUGUUUAAAAAAAAA